AUGGAUUUCAAUAACCGAAGAAGCUGUGGGAAGAAGUUGUUCUGUUACGUGCACAUUGGUGGACAUUUUGAAGCAAAUGGUGGAGGGAUAGUUAAAUAUAUUGGAGGGAGUGUAAGGCACAUUCAUUCAACCCAAGACAAUUUGAUUGUGACUUAUGGUGGGAGUGCUGCGUUGACAUCAUCAGUAAUAGUUGAAGAGAUAAGGGACCAUGCUGAAAAACAGCCCACUGAGAUAAGGAAGAUGUUGGAGAGGGAGUAUGGUGUGAGGCUUACAUAUUAUCAGGAAACUGAUGACAAAACGGUUGUUGAAUGGGCCUCCAUUGGUAAUAGAUUUGAGUGUGUGUUCAUUGCAUACGGUGCAUGUGUUGAGGGUUUUUUAAACAGUGCAAGGCCUAUAUUAUAUGUUGAUGGUACUCAUUUAAGUGGUCCAUAUAAGGGGACGUUACUGUUAGCUUCGGCAUAUGAUGCGGAUAAUGAGAUGUUGCCGUUUGCAAUAGCAGUGGUGAAGGGAGAGAAUCUUGAUAACUGGACGUGGUUUUUCCACAAGAUUAAACAAAUAGUUGGUUCAAUGCAACUGAUUGUGUCAGAUAGACAUAAUUCCAUAAUUGGUGUUGUGCAAGCAAUAUUUGGGGGUGAAAGGUAUGCAUACUGUUAUAGGCAUGUGAAGGAGAACUUUAGCUCUGAAUAUAUGAAAUUAAACAAAGGUCGGAGAAGGAUAAGUGAAAAUUCAAAGGAAGAUGCAUUGAAGGUACUAGAUAAAGUGGCUUAUGCAAGACUUGCGGAUGAGUUUGAUCAUGCACUGGAUGAUCUCAGAACCAUGUCUCAUGAGUUAUAUGAGUGGGUUAUGAAUCAAGGUGAUGUGGAUAGGUGGACAUUGAGCAAGUUCCCAUAUAGAAGGUGGGACAACAUAACAACUAAUUUAGCUGAAUCUUGUAAUGCUUGGAUGGUAAGGGAGAGGAAGCAUAACGCGGCCUAA